CGCCUGUCUUGUCCUCAGACCGUCACGCCUGUCCUGUCCUCAGACCGUCACGCCUGUCCUGUCCUCAGACCGUCACGCCUGUCCUGACCUCAGACCGUCACUCCUGUCCUCUCAGUGGACUGUAAGUCCUGUCCUGUCUUUGGGACACCAGAAGGGUAGAUGGUUAUAGCCUACUCUGCUAUUGACGCUGAUUUGGAGAGUUACAGAACCAAUAAGGGUUUGACGUCUUCAUCUUCAUCUUCUUCUUCAUCGGUGUGGUUGGAAUACUGUGACAAUGCCCUCCACCAAGAAGGCUCUGCAUUUUAUUGGUAGCGCGCAGGCUACUGCGGUGUCCGUGGCGAUUUUAGGUUAUGGGAUGUCGACAGAAUGGGCCGUUUCCAAAAUGAGUUGUUCCAAAACUGGAAACGAUUUCACCAACGGCUCUGCCAUUGUAUUGUAUGAGCUUUUCAAUGGCUUUAUCACCAGAGGAUCUUGUCCAGUGUUUGGAGGUUAUAAACCAUUUCAAGUGUUUGAGAAGUUGGCAGAGAGAGGUGGAGCUCCUCAGAUCCUCCAUGGCAUAGUGAUCACCCUCCUGGCCCUGUGUCUGCUCUGCUCUGCUGGCAGCAUCCUCAUCACUCUGUACAACAGCGUCAGUAACCCCUACCAGACAUACAUGGGACCCAUAGGGCUCUACACAUGCAGCUCUGGCAGUGCGUGCAUCUCCUUCCUGGUGCUCAUCUUGUACGUAGUAAAUGUCCAACUGACCGAAAUGUCUGAAGACCUGGUUCAGAACGACGUGGGAAGGGAUUUAGUAUACCUGAAGGACAAGACCUCAGAGUUCCAGGUGGGAUACUACCUGAUGAUCCCCUACAUGGUGCUGAGUCUGCUAGCCAUUCUGCUGGUCUACCUGUAUGAACACGCUGCCUACACACACAGACAGGAGCAGCAGAGGCCCACGGAGGACGCUCCUAAAGAGAUUAUGAUGUAUUAAUAUAUAUAUACACAUCAGGAUACAGAUUCAUAUGAUACUGACUACAACAUAUCCCUAACAGACUGACACAGACUGUGUUGAGUAGUAAAACUCAGUGUCCUGAAAUGGGCUUGUAGGAUCCAGUACUGAUCCAAGCCCUUAUAACAUAACUCACAGGCUUACAUAAUUAACUCAGAUCACCUUGUUUCAUUAUUAGUACAUUAUUACCACAUUACUACUACAUUAUCACUUCAUUAUUACUACAUUACACCACAUUAUCACUACAUUACUACUACAUUAUAAGUACAUUAUUACUACACUAUUACCACACCAUUACUGCAUUAUCACAACAUUAUUACUACAUUAUUACUACACCAUCGCAGCGUUAUUGCUACAUUAUCACAUCAUUAUCGUCACAUUAUUACUACAUUACACCACGUUAUUACGACAUUAUUACAACAUUACACCACAUCACAACAUUAUCACAACAUUACACCACGUUAUUACUGCAUUAUUACUACACCGUUGCACCACAUUAUCACAGCAUUAUUACAACAUUACACCACAUUAUUACAGCAUUAUUACGGCAUUAUUACCACACUAUUGCAACAUUAUCCCAACAUUAUUACUUUAUUACCACAUUAUUACCACAUUAUCACAACAUUAUUACAUCAUUAUCACUACAUUAUCACAUCAUUGUCGCCACAUUAUUACUACAUUACACCACAUUAUCGUCACAUUAUCACCACAUCACACCACAUUAUUACUGCAUUAUCGCCACAUCAUCACUACACCAUUACAGCAUUAUUACUACAUUAUCACAUCAUUAUCGCCGUAUUAUUACUACAUUACAACACAUUAUCACAACAUCAUUCCUACAUUAUCGCAACAUUAUUCCUACAUUAUUACUACAUUGUUACUACAUUUUCCUGUUGCUUUCUGUUUAUAUAUUUAUGAAUAGCUGACAUUACAAUCCAAUUUAACUCAAAUGCUUAAAAAUGUACACUGCCUGCUAAUAAAAUACUAUAAGGUUAAUGGUGUGUUUAGCUAAAAGCAGAAGAAUACAGCAAGUUGAUUACACUACUAUAUAGUUGUUUUGUUGAAUACUAGAAGACAAUACAUUGGUUUCCUCCAUAAAUACAUCAUAAUAUAUAUUCUCUAAAAUGUCAAUUCUAAUAAUAAACAGUGUGGAUAUUU